CCUCUCAAUCUCAGUCCCUUUCCACCCACACGACCCAGAGCUGCGGCAAGAAGAAUCUUGUUCCGUCAUUGUCUUCACGGUGGCAUUCCCGAGUUCAGGAAUCCUCCGGGCUCCCUGAUGGAGCAGGGGGACACCCCCCACCCAGCGACACCUGGUCCCCGGAGGACACACCCUCCCCAUCCCACCUGGCGCCCUUCCCACUUCCAACGCCUCCUCCUCUGGCAGGACCUGGGAGCUCUACCUCUAACUCGUGCCCUUGCAGGCGCAGGCCGGACACGUGGAAGGAGAAUUAAAUGAGAAGAUGCAGGUGAACCCGCCAGCAGAGAGUAAAGCACUCAAUACAGGUGAACCUCCCUCCAUCCCACAAAUACUCAGCGAAGAGAAGCGGAAGGAAAGUAAACUUGGGGUGGUGAGUGCGGAAUAGAGUCCACAGCAUCCGAUCUACAUGAGGCGAGACCCCAGCAUCCCCACCUACGGACUCCGGCAGUCUAUCUUACUGAACAGCAGGCUUCAGGACUGCUAUGUGGACUCCCCAGCUCUCACCAACAUCUGGACGCCCAGGACCUGUGCAAAGCGGACCAUCAGCGCCCCAGCACCAGGUACCACCUCUUCCUGGGAAGUGGUCAAGAAUCCGUUCAUUACCAGUUCGCUCUCCCUGGUUAAGCUGGUGCUCAGGCGACGACUGAAGGAUCAGUGCUGCCCGGUACCAUGCAAGUUUGGGGAAGCAAAACCCUCGAAGCUAGUAGAGCCCAAGGACGACUCAGCAACGAAAGCCACACGGCGGGGCAGGAUGAGGAACUCCAUCAGCUCCCAGAGCAAGCAGCCCCUAGGACAGCAGCCGGGCUCACCGAGGCGCAGGAGGCCUGCAGGAAGCAACAACGAGCUGUGUGGCCUUGGGCAAACCAAUUCCCGCUCCCUUGCCUUUAAAGCUGUCUCCUGCCGACCUUACAGGGUUCCGGGGGGACGAACGCAGUGGUAUACACGGAGGAAUUCGAGUAAAGAAAGUUCAAAGGAGGAAAAAGGAACAGUCAGCCAAGAUCUUGAGAGCAGAUAUGCCGAACAUGUGGCCGCCACCCAAGCGCUACGCAGGGACAUGGGGACAGCAGCCUGGAAGGGCCAGGCGUUGCUUCCUGAAGCCAGGAAGAGACAACCGUUGUCAGACAUGCUAACCAUCCACGGCCUGCCCACAGAGGGUUACCGGGCUCUGUACCAUGCUGUGGUCGAGCCGAUGCUGUGGAACCCUUCGGGGACCCCCAAGAGGUACAGCUUGGAGCUGGGCAAGGCCAUCAAACAGAAGCUCUGGGAGGCUCUGUGCAGCCAGGCUGCCACCCCUGAAGGUGCUCAGAGGGCCUCGUUGCCUGUCAGGACGUGGCUGGAGGUCGACAAGGAGCCUGUGCCCAAGAAGUGGCCCAGGUUAAAGAGGGAGAAAUAGAAACAGGAUCGCACAGAUGAGGCUAUUCUCUGCUAGAUGUCUAAACAAUAAACACCACUUUGCACCUUUCCGGU